AUGAAGUUGAUUCUCUUAUUUAUUAGUAUUGGUUUAACCUGUUGCUCAGUUCCAUUGGUUUGUUCAGAAGCUAAGAAGGAGAAGGAUUGUUUAGAAAUCAUCAAUGGAAUGUAAGAGUCUAAUUGAUAACGUAGAAAUGAAUGCGCAUGGACUGGAGGAUAAUGCGAAAUAAAAACUUGUGAGAUGUUAACACCUCCAUGUGAUGGGGAGGCUUAUUUUGGAUAUUCAUGUUCCAAUAGCAAAUUAGGAUGCAAAACUGUUAAACAAUGUUCAGAUAUUGAAAUAUCAUCUUCAUGUUCUAAGGUAACUCCGUUUGGAAAAUAAUGUAUUUGGGAGGGAGGAUGUAGAAUUAAAUAAUGCAAGGAUAAUACUCAAGAAACUUGCACGAUUACUAAUGGAUAGCUAUGCAUGUAUUAAUAUAAUUAAUGUACUUUGAUUACUGGAUGUGCUGAUAUUGUUGAAGUUGAUAAAUGUGAAACAGACAGUUAUCAUGAAAACCUAUCAUGUGCAUGGACAGAUGGAAAAUGUUAAAAAAGGCAAUGUGAUAUGAUAGCGAAUGAAGUAUAUUAUUUAUUUUGACAUGGUAGGAAGAAUGCUUUAAGGCUGUUAUAUAAUCUGAGAGAUGUUUUUAUGGAUAAAUUACCGAUUAACAGUCGGGUUGUUUGAGUUGUUCGAUAAUAACUGAUUCUUGUUUGUGUGAUCAUUACAAUCUGUUUGGUUGUGUGUGGAAAUAAGAUCAUUGUUAUAAAUAAUCUUGCGGAACGUUUACAAAUAUUGACGAAUGUAAUUCAGCUUAUGAUAGUUUAACUUGUACUUGGUAUGUCCCUCUGAAUAAGUGUCUGACUAUUCAUGAGGCUAAUGAUUUGGAUCGACAAUGCGAUAUCUAUAGUUUUAGCUCAGGAAUACAAUUGUUACUUAUGGUUAUCUUUUUAAUGUUUUGA